AUGUCCUUGGUCCCCCCAACGUUUGAACCUAGCGAAGCCCCCCCCGUGGUGCCUUUGCUUGUCGCGCAAACCGACAUGUUCUAUCAUCUGGAUCGGCGCCCUCGUCUCCUUGCAGAGGAAGAUAUCUUUCACGUGUCGCUGUCAGGUGGCCCAGUGCGUUCUACUAGACACACCCAGCGUGCUGCAGCGCCAUACUCUCAGAGUCGCCGUGUUACAUUCCGCACCUCUGAUCGACCCGCCGACGGUGGUGGCAAGCUUGCAAAGCCGUCGGGAGAGGUUGCCCGUCUCAACAGGGACGGGUAUAACCUUGUGAACAUAUUGAAGCAACACGGCUGGACCGACCCUUUGAUCCACAGUGUCAAGGAGCUUGUACAUGGGAAGGUCAGAGAGUUCCUCGAUCAAUCCAAGUCUAUAUCAAAGCAAGACAAGGCGAAGCUCGAGCUCGUGAAGGAAAAGGUCAAGGAUGUGUACCCGUGGCUCGGAGACUACGAAAGUUGCUGGCCCAUUCACGACAUGAUCAAAACUCACCUGAAGUAUCAGGCCUCUAGAAACAAGGCAGCCCGAGAGGAUACACCUUCGGACAUGGGUUCUGACUCUGGUUAA